AUGGCAUGGGGAGAAGCCGAACCCCUGCACUUCAAAGCCUCUAUUGUCGGAGCUCUGCAUAAGAAAGGCCCGGCUCACAUUCCUGCAAAUUUUCGGUCGAUCGCCGUGCUCAAUGGCGUGGCAAAGCUCUGGCACUCGCAGCUGAGGUCCACACUAGGUCAGGAGGUCAUCGCCCACUAUUUCCCUACCCAACUUGGUGGCAGGAAGGGAAUAGAUACUGGCCUCGCCCUGAGUGUCUUCCGGUCCGCUGUGGACCUGGCCUCCGUCCGCGGGCACUCAUGGGCUGCAUUGUUUGUUGACAUUCAAGCCGCCUAUUAUGAAGCGGAUCGACUCCUGCUCUUCCAAGGUCGUGAUCUCGACUCUGCGUUGCAGGGGCUCCAGCUUCCCAGACAUGUACACCGGCUUCUUCAAGAUGGCGUGCUGACCGGGUUAGGAGUCCCCGAAGAUCAGGUCGCACUCUUGCGAGACUGUGUUGAAUGUUCCUUUUGGCGGACGGUCGGGCAACCGCAAGCGAUCAUUGCCAGCCGUGGGUCUCGGCCUGGCGAUGGCUUGGCUGAUGUCCUUUUUGGCGCCCUGUUUGCCGUGAUCUUACAGUGCCUCCAUCAUGCCCUUCUUGCUGAGGACAUUGUGCACAUUGCCUCUGCUGAUGCUCUGGGUCAGCCCGACGCCUCGCUGCAGAUCGCGUGGGCAGAUGAUCUGUGUCUCCUUGUGGACUUCACUCGAGCCGCGUGGGCGGUCACGAAGCUCCGUCGGUUGUGUGCCAUUGUGUUGCAGGUGUUUGAGGCCUUUCGUUUCCGGGUUAAUCUUGGCCCUGGCAAAACUGAGGCCCUUGUCCACCUUCAAGGAGCUGGGGCCAAUGCCGCCAGGAAAGAGCUUCUGUCGCCCGAACCUAAGCUCGACCUUCCUGAUGGCAGAUCUAUCAGAGUCGUCCCUGAAUACAAGUACCUCGGCGUGGCACAACGUUGUCGUGACACCGGCCGUCGGGAUAUCGAGGCUGCAGCCGCUCGAGGAAAUGCUAUCUGGACCCAAGCAGCGGGGCUGGGCGGACUCUUCCCGCAGCUUAUUCCUCGCUUGCCACGACUCUUGCUCGCUCAGAGCGUGCCUGGGGCCCUCUUCAUGGGUUUCUGGAUAAGUGCCUCCGACAGCUGGUUGGGGCUUGGGAUGCUGGUCACCAUGUCGCCUCAGCCCAACUGCGAGCAUGCACGGGCCUUCGAACUCUUCCAAGCAAGCUGGGAUCGAGGAGGUGAAUGGGCCUCCUUGCUCGCUGAGGCCGCGCGUCGUGUCUGGCCUGCCUCUGGUCUCCCCGAGCUCCAGACAGGGGAGCCCACUCUCCUGGGGAUGAUACGGAGACACCUCAAGAAGCUCCUUUCGGCUUGUCGGAAAAUUAGCCGCUCAGGCACUAUGCUUCUUGCCCUUCAACGAGCCUGGAAGAGUCACGAGAGCCCCACACCGAAGCGGGUCAUUGGCCUUGCCUCCCCUCGGACAUGUUCAGAAUGUGGGGCGACACUGGCGUCGGCCCAUGCCCUCGCGGCGCACAUGCACAGGUUGCAUGGCCGAGUAGCUUUGUGCACUCAAUAUACCCUCGGCACUGUCUGCCUGUGGUGUUUGACGGAAUUCCACAAUGCAGCCCGGCUCCGCUAUCACCUGCUUCACACCCCUGAGUGCGAACAUGGCCUCCGCUGUUGUGUUGGGCCGGUCUAUGAGUAUGGCUCUGGCACCAAACGGCGUGGCAAGCAAGGCCACGCGCGUGCACCAGUCUUUCGGAUUUGUGGGCCUAUGAACGCAACCGCAGCUCAACGUCUUGCUGCGGCUGAGGAAAGGUGCUGCACGGAGGCUGAGCUCUCGGCAGAGCUGAGUCUGCUUGCACCUGGGCCGGGCUUUGCCGAUGGUGCUCGAUCUUCGCCAGUUGUUCCCUUCCGGCGCAACUCUGUCAGUGCUCUUGGAGUUUCUCCGCCGGAGUCUGUUGAGGCUGGACCUCCGCCUUCCUUGCUCGUGCCGCCUACAGCGUCUGCCGCCAUGCCAGAGCCUUUCCCUCGUCCUGUACCUGCCCCCGUUGGGUCUCUCGGAGACUCGCUUGGACGGGACGCCCGGGAUGUGACCUCGUCACCUCUCCCUCAGGCGUGUGUGCCACCUGCGAUUUGGUGCUUGCCUGUUAGCUGGGCUGCUUGUUGGAGGGUGUUCCUGGUUGACACGCAGCAUCCAUGGUCGUCGGAAGUCUGGCGCCUCUCGGCCUUUUUACGCAAGGAGGAGCGUCCGACACCUUGCCCCGACCGGAGUGGCCCAGCUGGGUUUGGGCAUUUUGCCUCGGGUCGCAUUCUCUUCUUGCGGCGGAUGCUUACUUUCUUGCAUCUUCUCCGCCAGGUGAGGUACGGGGCCGUACUUUGGAGUGCGCAACCGCUCCCCGUUGCCUUUUGGGAGCUUCUGCGCCGUGCUUCGCCCACUGCGGUAGGGACCUCGGCGGUUUCUGUGCUUGGCUUUGGCACAGUUUUCUGCCUGCCUGAGGUCGCUGCCCACGCCUUGGCCUUGCUGGCGGUGGGGCGCCUGUCUGGUGCUUCUCCGCGCCGUCUGGCCUUCCCUCACCAACUUCUGUAA